UCUGUCAAAAGGGAAAGUACGUCAUACGUGAAUCAAUACUGAUUACUUACUUUACUUCUAGUAAUUCUAGUUAUAGUUUAAAGUUAUUGCUGCAUUAUUUUGCCGUUUUCAAUGCUAUCUAGUUAAAGUCGAGAUUGGCAUAAUCAUAAAAAAAUUGCAAAAUGGGAGCCGUCUUGGGCCUUUGUUCGGCGGCGCAGCUGGCGUGCUGCUGCGGCAGCGCCGCUUGCUCGCUGUGCUGCUCGGCGUGCCCGUCGUGCGCCAACUCCACCUCCACGCGGCUCAUGUACACCCUGAUGUUGCUGCUGGUCAUGGUGGCUGCAUGCAUCACUCUGGCUCCUGGACUCAAAACAGAACUACAAAAAGUGCCUUUUUGUGCUAAUUCAACAGGAGUCGUACCGGCAAAUUUGAAAGUAGACUGUAAUAAUGCAGUUGGCUACCUUGCAGUUUAUAGAAUUUCUUUUGCGCUGUGCAUGUUCUUCGUUCUGAUGGCAUUGAUAAUGAUAGGUGUGAAGUCGUCUAAGGAUCCUCGCACCGGCAUACAAAAUGGUUUUUGGGGCAUCAAGUUCCUGGUGGUGAUCGGAGGUGUAAUCGGCGCGUUCUUCAUCCCCGAGGGCUCGUUCGCGUCCACGUGGAUGGUGUUCGGCAUGAUCGGCGGUUUCUGCUACAUCAUUAUACAACUGGUGUUGAUUAUUGAUUUUGCGCAUUCGUGGGCGGAGAAAUGGGUUUCGAAUUACGAGGAGUCGGAGUCGCGCGGGUGGUACGCGGCGCUGCUGCUCGCCAUGCUCACGUGCUUCACGCUCGCUCUCACCGGCAUCGUGCUCUUGUUCCUCAACUUCACGCAGGCGCAGGAGGCCAGCUGCGGCCUGUCCAAGUUCUUCAUCUCGAUCAACCUGAUCCUGGUGGUGAUCGCGAGCGCGAUCUCCAUCCUGCCGGCGGUGCAGGAGCACAACCCGCACUCGGGCCUGUUGCAGUCCUCGGUGGUGUCGCUCUACGUCAUGUACCUCACCUGGUCGGCCUUGUCCAACUCGCCGACACCCUGCAACAGUCUCAUCGACCCUAACAAUGAUCGUAAAGAAGAUGCUUACUGGGCGGCGUCGUUCGACAAGCAGGCCAUCAUCGGGAUGGUGAUCUGGGUGUGCAGCGUGCUGUACUCGUGCGUGCGCACCGCCUCCAACUCCUCUAAGAUCACCAUGUCGGACCACAUUCUUGCCAAGGAAGGCACAGGGCAAGGAGGGCUCAUUGCUAACGAAGGGUAUGAUUCCAUAGAGAGCGCGGGCGCGGACGGCGGCGAGGCCGGCGAGGCCAAGGUGUUCGACAACGAGGGCGACGGCGUGGCAUACAACUGGACCUUCUUCCACGUCGUGUUCGCGCUGGCCACCCUUUACUCCAUGAUGACGCUCACCAACUGGUUUAACCCGAGCUCGCAGCUCAUGAAAGAGAACGUGGCCUCGAUGUGGAUCAAGAUCUCCUCCUCAUGGCUCUGUGUGGGGAUCUACAUAUGGACCAUGGUCGCUCCAGCUAUCUUCCCAGAUCGCGACUUUAGUUAAACUUCCCCUAUUUGUAAUCUAUACAUAUGUUCUUAUUAUUUGAACGCUUACAAAAAAAAAAUGCUAUUGAGAUGAAAACUUGUUUAGGGAUCUCAUCAACCAAACAAUAUUGCGAAUCCAAAAGCGUAAAACUAACUUUUUUUUAUGGGAUACUUAUGUAAAACACAUCCAUUUUUUGUGUAAGAAGUCAGAAAGUAGCAACAAGUGUUACGGUGGCUCUAGAUUGAAAAUUUCUUGAAUGCCUGUUACAGAUAAUGUUUCUCACCCCAGGUGGAUGAAGAUUCUUCAGACAAAUAAACAGACACGACAAUAUAGGUCCCACGGUCGCCACAAUCGUGCACACAGCCGAAGUGGCAUAGCAUGAACUUUACUCUAUAUUACCAUUAUAUUGCCAGCAUUUUUCAUCACACAUGAAACAUAUUUUUGUCUAUAGUAUUACGAGUUGUAAUUAUCGGAGACCUGUGUUAUUCACUAUUACAACUGCCUAUUAGUUUUUUUAAUUAUACGUAUUUUAGACAUACUUGUUCAUUUUAAUAUAAAUAUAAAGGCGUGUGUUCAGAAUUGUGAUUGCGUUGGCUAGCGAGCAAUUCGUGAAAGAGAGACGAGAAGCCGCCACAGAUGUUAGUUUGCGUAACUAUUUACUUAGUUAAGCGUUUUGUGGCCAGACUGCACGUCGAAUAGAUCAUGGCAAAAGCGACUUACGUGCUUUCUAGUAAGGUCCAACUUCGCGUUUGGCAGUUAAGUAGA